AUUAUAUGUAGCGUUGUCCUAGGGGAAGGUUGACAUGAGCCGUUGUUGGAGCUGUGAGCUUGACCAUAUCAAAGGUUUGUUUGCUUCUUGAUUAUGGACUAAGAGUUAGUCAUUACCGGCACGAAUAGUAUCGAAGUCUACUAUGAAUCGAAGCAACCCGAAGCAGAAGGAAGCUUCUCUGUUAGAAGCCGUUGGCCGCGGCUUUGUUACAAGAUUUCUCAGAUCAUUCAUCUCUACUGGCUGUUUAAAUUUAGUGGAAGCCGGAGGCUCAACUCUUACUUUUCAGGGAGCUAAUAAAGAAUGUUCUCUACAAGUUGAUUUGCAUAUUCUCAAUCCCCAAUUUUACUGGAAGGUAAUGACAAGGGCGGAUAUAGGUCUUGCAGAUGCUUACGUAGAUGGAGAUCUCUCAUUUUCUGAUAAGGAUCGAGGUCUUUUAAAUCUAAUCACGCUACUGAUUGCCAAUAGAGAUGCAAAGAAAUCUGUCUCGAAUUUGAACAAGAAAAGGGGUUGGUGGACACCAUUGUUAAUCACAGCAGGGUUUGCAUCUACAAAGUUGUUCUGCCAUCAUAUUUUAAGGCAGAAUACUCUUACACAAGCCCGUAGAAAUAUCUCGAGACACUACGAUCUGGGUAACGAUUUCUUUGCCAUGUUCUUGGGGGAAACAAUGACUUACUCGACUGCUCUAUUCAAGAUGGAAGAUGAAGGCUUGAAAGCAGCACAGAUGACGAAGAUUUCCGUUCUAAUUGAAAAGGCAAGAAUUCAUGAGAAGCAUGAAGUUCUUGACAUUGGUUGCGGCUGGGGAACUUUUGGUAUAGAAGUCGUGAAGCGAACUGGAUGUAAAUACACUGGCAUUACUCUGUCGGAGGAGCAACUCAAAUUUGCAGAAAACAAAGUCAAUGAAGCUGACCUCCAGGAUCAUAUCACGCUUAAACUUUGCGACUACCGUGAACUGCCUGCAAAUGAUAAAUUUGACAGAAUCAUAUCAUGUGAAAUGAUAGAACAUGUUGGACAUGAAUACAUGGAGGACUUCUUUAGUUGCUGUGAAUCGCUACUAGCACAAAAUGGUCUUAUUGUUUUACAGUUCUCAGCUAUGGCUGACGAACGCUACGAGGAAUACAGGAGAAGCUCAGAUUUCAUAAAGGAGUAUAUAUUCCCUGGUGUGUGCGGGCCUUCGUUGAGUAGAGUAACAUCAGCCAUGAGCAGUGCAUCACGAUUUAGUGUGGAGCAUGUAGAAAACAUUGGAAGUCACUACUACAAAACAUUGAGACUCUGGAGACAAAACUUAUUGGACAACCAGAGAGAAAUUCUUGAAAUGGGAUUCGAUGAGAAGUUUGUAAGGACAUGGGAAUACUAUUUUGACUACUCUGCUGCAGGCUUUAAGUCAUAUACCCUUGGUAAUUAUCAGAUGGUAUUGUCACGUCCAGGAAACAUCGAGGCAUUAGGAUAUCCCUACAGAGGUUUUCCAUCAGCACACUGAUUUGUUUCAACAAGGAUCGGGAAUCUUGUUAUCAAGCCUACAUUUUCAUCUUUACUUGUAUUACAGUUCAUAUACAGUAAAUAAAUUAUCUUUGAUUGAGCGGCCUACAAGAGAAGUAUACAUUAAAAAUAAACGAGCAAUUGCACAAAAAUGACAUGCAAAUGCACAAAGAAGGCAAAAUCUCAUCUACAGCAUAAUCGUACAGUAAUUGAAGCAAGUUCAUCACUGGUGACAACCGUUAGCACAGAUUAAAAGAUGCAUCAGUUAUUAAGCAAAGACGACAUGCUUGGACAAUUUCCCUGUUUUCUAUUAAAAUAACUUGCCAUGUAUAUAAUGAUGCUUCAGUCUAAACUCUAUCGACAACCACUUCUAUUUCCAA